AUGGGGAAUAAACAUAGCACUGAAUUUGGUGGAAUUUUCGUUGAGACUUCAAAAGCCUUUUAUUUUCCUGGAGAAAUAAUUUAAGGUAAAAUAAUUGAGAAACAUACUUCUAGGAACGAUUAGUUUAAACAUAACAAAACCUGGUUAUCCUGGAAGAAGACUUUAAAUAAGUGUUACAGGAAGAGAAAUUUUACAUGGUGCUUUAGAUAUAAAUGAUAAUAGUGAUGAUGAAGAUAAAUUAUCAACGAAUACAACUUAAAAAAUAGUAAAGAGUGAAAUAGUGCUUUAUGAAUUUCAAUAACCAACUAUACCAAUGGGUUAAUUUACAAUUUAAUUCACGUUCCAAUUACCAUAAAAUAUACCAGGAACCUACAAUAAAAUACAUUUAAGUGGAGCUUAUGAGAGAAUCAUAUAUAAAAUAAAAGGGUCUAUUGUAGCAACCAAGGGAUAUAAAACAAUGAGUCAUAUUUAAUAAAUAUAGGUUAGAGAACCUAUAUAUUAUCCUGAAUAAUAGAUUAUUGGAGAUGGAAAACUUAAUGAUAAUGGAUAUUGCUGUAGAUAAAAAGGAGUAAUAAUUUUAUUAUUAUAAUUAGAGUGCAUAAAUUACUGCUAUAACCGACAGAAAUGUUUAUAGAAUUGGAGAAGCAAUAAGAAUUUUAAUAGAGGUAAUUGAUGAAGAGAAAUUUCAGAAACCAGAAAAAAUAAUAAUACAAUUGGAAAACAUAACAUAAUAUAAAUAUAAAAAUAAUAACAUAGAAACAAAAAAAAAAAUAAUUACUGAAGAAGAGAUUUAAACAACUACAAAAAAACUUGGUUCCUAUAAAGUAUUAAAUUAACAAGAAGUAGUUCUAUUUGCAUAAUUAAAAAAUCAUAAUAAUAAUGAUCAAUAUAAUAUGAUUUAGCCAACUACAAAUGGCAAUAUUAUUAAAUCAAAUUAUCAAAUUUUGAUUAAAGCUAGCUUUGGAAGUAAAAUAUAAUUUAUUAUAAUUUCAGUAAGCUGUUGCAAUUUAAGUGAAUGUCUUGAAUUGCCUAUACAAAUUAUUUCGUCUUCAGUGUUACAAUAACAAUCUAUUUAGCCUCCAUUAGGAUGGAAACCAAUCCAACUUAAUGAUGAGAAUCUUUAACUAUUAGCCAAUGCAAAAUAAAGUGGUACCAGUUUGCAUUCGUUUUCUACAUAUUAAAAGACUUUAUAAGGAAGAAAUAGUUAUAAUGAAUAAUAAGAAUCAUAAAGAUCUAUUAGAGUUGGAAAUUCAAUCUAAUCUUUAAACUAUUAAAUGAAUUGA